AUGACGACCGGAUCAAUGUCACUCAAGGCAACCGCCAAAGAAUUCACUCCAUCAUUCAACAUCUCCAAGCAGCCUCAGACUGGAGGUGCCGCACCUAUUCCUGACACCGUACCAACACCGUCGUCGUCGUCGUCUUCGUCUUUGUUAUUAAACCAACCUUCUGAAACACCCAAGACCCGAUCGAACGGGAAUAUCAAGGAGUCUUCUGUACAUAAUAAUAAGCCGAGGCCCCAACAGAAGCAACAGAGCCGUGGACAGCCACGACAAGAGAACGGUCAACAAUCAAACCAGCACCAGCAUCACCAGAACGGAGGAGGAGAACGAGGACAUCAGAAAUCCGAUCAAAAGCGAGAUCCGCAGCAACGGACUAACGGACCCAGCAACAAGUCUCGACACCCACACCCACAACAACAACAACAACAACAACAACAACAGCAACAACAACAGCAACAACAACAAGCAUCAUCAACAACAGGAUCAGGUCUGCAGUCCGGUAACCAUGGCGGCAAGAACAACGACCUUCACAACCCUACCCCUCACAACACUUCUCGGAGGAUCAAGAAUGCCAAUGCGCAGACAGGCCGUCCUUUGAACAAGGAGCAGAAUCGGUCAUCGUCAUCAUCUUCAAAUACACCAACAACAACCUCUGCUGCACAGGGAUCUUCUUCGGCACAUGGAUCAGGGAAGCACCAGCAUCAGCUUCAACAGCAACGAGACAACAACUCUGCAGCGACUGCGGCAGCGUCAGGAGCGAAGCCACGGUCUGGAUCGUUCUCCAAGACGUCUGCGCAAGGAUCUCACGCAUCGACAACCAACGCAAAGACGCGCAAGGGGUCGACCGACCACGCAAGUUCGGGAUCGAGCAAUAGCAACAGUGCCGCUAAUGGGUCAGCAAAUGCAGGAGGAUCCUCGAGUGCAGGAACAGCCUCUGCAAGCGACAUUAUCCCAGGAAUGGAAGCGACUGCUUUUAUCUGUCUCACAGAUGUCAUCCUUCCUGUACGACAUGUGGUUAAGGAUGGAGUAUCUACCAUGGAACAAGGAUCUGAUGCCUACCUCGAUUGGAUCGUGCGGUCGUUGAAAGAGCAUGAAGAGAUUACACUGAUUGGUAUGGAGGCAGCGAUCCCAGACAUCAUUGCACUCGAUGGGCUUGGAGGAAACAAGAGUUGUCUCCAGUUCCGAAUGCGUCGAGGACAAGGAUAUAUCCCCCUCGAGAAACGUCCUCCUCGGUCGUAG